CAAAUCGGCUCAUUUAACGUAUAAAUUUAAUACAUGCAGUUAAGUUACAGCACUGUAUGGAAAACACUUUAGCAAAAUUUAAACAAAAAGUGCGAUUUCAUUGGCAGACAGACUUAGGCGAACUGUAAAGAUCUAGAUUAGAUGGCUUUUCCUCAGAUCUAGAUUAGAUGGUGGAAAUCAUGAAAAUGAUGUUUCUUGUGGCAUUUUUAUUUUUGCAUGCUGAAUCUGUAGAAGGCUUUGAAUUUCGACUGUUGCAAACCAACUCACAAGGCACAGAGGGUUUUGUAGAAAUAUUUUACAAUGGUUCGUGGGGAUUAAUAGGACACCCAGAAUUUCGGUUUUCUGACGCCACAGCUUCACUUUUAUGUAGAAAAUUCAACUUAAGUCUGUUUGGAUAUGGUGCCCGCAAUAUUUACCAAGAAAACAACACGUUCAGUCAUUUUUGGUUGCAAAACUUAGAAUGCCAUGGAAAUAAACAAAGUAUUGAUGAAUGUGUCAAAACUGACGAAUUUAACCGUACCCAAUACAACCAAUACAUAACAGAUACAUAUGUAUCGCUUCCCGAUUAUGGCAGCAAGCUAUAUUGUGUAGAUUACAGACUGAUGGGAGGACUGUCACAAAAUACAGGCAUGCUUCUAGCGGCAUUUUUCGGCACGCAAUAUUCAAUGUGUUACCAAGGUUUUGACAGUAGUGCAGGAGACGUGGUGUGUAAGCAUUUACGAUAUAACGGUUUGGUAGCUUUUACCGAAGGUGAUCCCGGCUCAAUACCAUUAUUUAACAAUAAACUAACAUGCACGGGAAACGAGAGAUCUCUAAAUGAGUGCACAAUGUCUAAUGCUGUCAUCGAAAAUUGUACAAGAGCUGUUUAUAUAACAUGCAAAGCUGUUAGAUUGAUUACAUGGAACCGGUAUAACGAUGAAGGUUUUGUUGAGAUAUUUUACAACGGUUCUUGGGGAUUUUUCAUUUAUUACGAAAAUGGAUUCAGUGGAUUCAAUGACGUAACUGCAAACUCUCUUUGUGAAACGUUUGGUUUUCGGUUUGUUUGUUUGUUUUUUUAUUUAAACAUGAAUGAUUACUCCUGAAAUCAAAGCAAAUAUAAACAUUAAGUUAAGUAUUUCAUGAGCAUUUAUGAAUAGAUCGUCGGCCUGUUGAAUGUUGCCGUUUAUAACCUGUUUUUUAUUAUUAUUUAACGUUCAUACAAAUAAUAUCUUAUAAUAAUGGGAAUCGGAAGUGAAUUGUAUUGAAUUAUUUUUAUGUUUAUCUGAAUUUAGUUGUGUUAGACAAACUUAAAAAUGUCCACAUUUCUCUAUAUUUAGUUUGUUUGACUGGGGUUUUACGUCACACCGACACAAUAUAGGUCAUAUGGCGACGUUCCCGCUUUACUGGUGCAUUAUUUCAGGCACAAACGGGCACCUGAAUAGAACCACCGACGUUCCGUCAGCGCUUUGUAUUUAGUUAACGCAUGAUGGUAAAAACCAACACUUUUCACUGUAAUAGAUUCUGUGAAAUGAGAGAAAAAAAAUUUUACAUUAGAAAUGUAGGUUUUAGUUCGGCGUACCACUUUCGUGACUUUAUAGAGUCAAUUGGCGUAGGAGGUUGGUUCGGAAAUUUGUCAUGCAAUGGUUCGGAAACAGACAUCAUGCAGUGCGUAGGACCUUUAAGAUUUGGAUUUGCGCCAAUAUUUAAUAUAUGGAAAAGGCAUAUUUUGUCUGUUAGAACCUGGCUUUAUUGUUUUGAUUUUAAUAUCACAUCAAUGCAAUUAGUUAAUGGACAAAAUCCAAACGAAGGCGAAGUACAGGUACAGAUUGGUAGUCGUUGGGGAUCAAUUAUUAUGGAAGGCCAGAGAAAUACGUCUCAAGAAAAAACUGUUGGCAGUGUUGUUUGUAAAAUCCUAGGAUAUGUGGGUGUUUCCGAAAUAUUCGAUGCUUCUGUUAAGGAUUAUGAUAAUUAUACCUGGAUGUCGAAUCUGUUUUGCAAUGGGAACGAAACAGCUUUAACGGAUUGUUCCUAUACAAAAGGAGGAUAUUUUUAUGAUAAAAUAGCUGUAAAGUGCGAAGAUACGGACCAAUGUCAAUCAAAUCCCUGUUUGAAUAAUGGCACAUGCGUUGAUGGUGACAGGUCCUAUACUUGUAAUUGUACUGAAAGAUGGAGUGGUAUCAACUGUGAAAUAGAUUUAGACGCAUGUUUGUCUCAGCCAUGUGAGAACAAUGGUGCGUGUGUAAAAGAAAUCAAUGGAUUCGUGUGUUAUUGUGAUCAAGGAUACGAGGGAUAUAGAUGUCAAUAUGAAAUUGGGGAUCAAACAACAUUGAUAGUUGUACUGAUAUCUUCAAUUUGCGUUUUAUCAAUUGUUGUUCUCACUACUGUAUGUUGCUGUUUAAGAUAUAGCAAAGAACAUAAAAAUACUAAAACGGACGCUUCCAAUGUACUUAAUAGUGGUAAAAGAGGUUUGCAAAACACUAUAGAAGUUGAAACCGUACAAACAGAAAUGGAAGAAGGGCACUACAACGAGGAUGUUUACGACGAAAUAAAGGAAAAUACCCUGGCUGACGUUGCUGAUUACAUACAUCCGGUUACCGAUGUUGAACUACCUAGAGAUGCCGAUGGUUAUGUUAAAUUUGCUGACAAUGAUCAGAGUGUUGGUUAUUACAAAUUAAAGCACACGAAAACUGAAGAUUAUUCCAAAUCGUCUGUAUACAAAUUUUGAAAAGAACAAUUUAUUCAUUUAUCGUUUUACUAGUAUAUUUUUCAGAUAACAUUGCCUAUGACUACGAUGAUCGUAUUAAAUCAUAUAAUUAUAUUGAAUAUCUACAAUAAUUAAAAGAAGUCUCUUUAUGA